GUAUUGAAGAAACAAACCUGUCUUAGAAUCCAGUCUGUCUGUGCUCGCCUAAAACAUUCCACAUUCUCAGGGUUUUACUUAAACUUAAGAUACGUUUCUGUAAAACGGCAUUGGCAUGACCGAGGAGCGGUGAAUGAUCUUGAACUUUGUCAGGGGAAUUUGACCAGGAAAUGCGAGCAGAUUUUUGACUGCAAGCAAUAAAUCGCCUGCUUUACUGUUGACAGGACUGUGCUAUCUCGUGUCAUUGGUCCAGGGGUUUUCACAAGCUCACAGGAUGGACGACGCGCCUCAUCUCAGGUUCACGCAAAAUUUCAUGGAAUAAAAUAAACCUCAUGGUUCACUGAAAUGCGAAAAACUGCUUCAGUUUAACUUGAUAUACACAUACGGGACUGGUAAACAACUUAACAAUGGAAGAUUUCAGAGAGAGGUUUACACUGUGCUGUCAAAGUACUUUCCCGUGUUUCAAAGAGCCGGCGACUAACACCUCAACUACCACCAAGAAACCGGAUAUUAAAGUGAUUACAAACGAAAAUGCUGUGAAAAGAGCCGACAUGAAAUUACCUCCGACACCUGUAGAGAAACCCGGCUACGUUUACGUUGCGCUGUACGACUACACGGCGCGCACGGAAAAUGAUUUGAGUUUUAACGCAGGGGAUAAACUGGAACCUCUCAGGAAAGAGGAAGAUUGGUGGUACGCAAGAGCACUCACCGGGAUUUCAGCGAACAAAGAGGGCUAUAUUCCUGCAAAUUAUGUGGCACCCAUAGAAAGCCUCGAUGCUGAACCAUGGUAUUUUCCAGAAACCAAGCGCUUGGAGGCAGAGAAGAUGUUGACAUCUAAAGAGAACAAGCAUGGAGCUUUUCUGAUCAGAAACUGUGAAAGCCAAGCAGGGGAGCUCUCACUGUCAGUGCUGGACAAUGGAAAAGUGAAGCAUUAUAAGAUCAGAAAGCUGGACACUGGUGGCUACUAUGUGUCAAGGAUUCGUAGUUUUCUCACAUUGAGAGAACUAGUGGAGCACUACUCCAGAAAUGAUGAUGGCCUCUGUGUUCGUUUGGCAGAACCCUGCAAAAAAACAAUGGCUCCAGAGACACAUGGUCUAUCUUACAACACUGUGGAUCAUUGGGAGAUCUCACGUUCCUCUGUAAAACUCUUGACGAAGUUGGGAGCAGGGCAGUUUGGCGAGGUCUAUAAAGGCUUAUGGAAUGACAGAACAUCCGUUGCUGUUAAAACACUCAAACCAGGAACUAUGGAUCCAAAAGACUUCCUGCGUGAAGCUCAGAUCAUGAAGAAACUCCGUCACCCCAAACUCAUCCAGCUCUAUGCUGUCUGCACCAUGGAAGAGCCCAUUUACAUCGUCACGGAGCUCAUGAGCAAAGGAAGCCUUUUAGAAUAUCUGCAAAAAGACAAAGGGUCUUCUCUGCAAUUGUCUGAUCAGAUAGAAAUGGCAGCACAAGUGGCAUGUGGCAUGGCAUAUCUUGAGUUGCAGAACUACAUUCACAGAGAUCUUGCGGCACGAAACGUUCUGGUGGGUGAUAACAAUGUGUGCAAGGUGGCUGACUUUGGCUUGGCACGAGUAUUUCAGAUGGAAAAUGAGAACGUUUAUGAGGCCAAAGAAGGAACCAAGUUUCCAGUGAAAUGGACUGCUCCUGAGGCCAUCAACGAGAACAAAUUCAGCAUCAAAUCUGACGUCUGGUCUUUUGGGAUCCUACUGUAUGAAAUUGUGACGUUUGGACAGAUGCCGUACCCAACCAUGACUAACAUUCAGGUGAUGCAACAGUUGCCCAAAGGCCACAGGAUGUCAUGCCCUCCGAACUGCCCAAAAUAUUUGUAUGACAUCAUGUGUGAAUGCUGGAAGGGCUCCCCUGCAGACAGACCCACCUUUGAAACUCUGCAGUGGAAACUCGAGGAAUUCUUUGAUAUGGAUGUCAGCUCUUACGAUGAUGCAAGCCGCUACUAAAAGACCCUACUGCUUACAAAUGCUGUAAUGUAACUGCAAAUGAGCCAAGUGCAGGUAUUUGAUGCUAUUUUAGUAUCAAAAUGAACCAGAUGCCUUUAUGUAUUCUUUAUGUAUUCUUAAUGUACACAUAUAAUGUUCAGUGUACUCAUCAAGAGUUUUCAUAUGUUCAAACUGCACUAGUUAAAGCUGAAGCAUGUAAUUAUUUGGAUGAUAAAAUAGUUUGUCCAAUUCUGGAUUCAGUUGCAGAGACAACGGUGGGUAACCUGUUAAUCAGUUGGUUUCCUUGAAAAGCACUUUUUUUAAAAAACAAAUUGCUCUGCUUGUUUCAGUGUUCUGCUCAAAGACACAUUAAUAUUGGAUCUGUAGCAAGGAAUAUGUGGCGGCACUAGAUUCUGCCGACCAGGGACAAACUGGAGAACAGGUGGAAUGGAAACCAGCCAAUGUAUGCAGUUCUGUUAACGCUGUUGACAGAGAUUUUUCACAAUUCACAAAACAAGUUAGCUUUAAAUCAAAUAUAUUCUGAGCCUUCUGAUUAUUUCCUAUUUGUGUUUCUCUAUUCUGUCUGUGGAGGCACAUCUAUCUGUAUUUGCUGCUGUGUGCAUACUGUAUGCUAGCAAUAUCAUGGUGGUUUAGUGUCACUUGUCUUGCACUCAUGCUGGCACCAUGAAACGGAAACUAUUAAGGAACAAAAAUAAAGAACCUGGGCGACACACGUAUAGAAACAGGUAGCAGUGUAGCCAGAUUAACCAGUUUUUUACGUUAAGUUUAAAUAGUGAAUGAGUCACUGCCUGUCAGACUAACAGCAUUACUUGUUCAAGAGAAGAAUGUUCAGAAUCCACUACAUACAUUUGCUCACAGCAUUAAGCAAUACACAAAAGUGUGAAAACUUUAAUAAUUAGAUGUAUUGUACAGUCACAGUGAUUUUAAAAUACAUUUUGGGUUUAAAUAGAGCAUUUUUGAGGUUAAUUUACAGACUGUGAUUCUUUUUUCACUCUCUUGUAAGAAAAUAAAAAUACAGUAUACAUGACCA